AUAAAUUAUUGAGUGGGCGGACAAGCUUCGAUCGAUUUUCAGAGAGAUGCUUGUACUGGGUGCAGAGGCAGACACUCAGAAAUGGUUGUAAGCCGAAGUCAGAUUUUUAUCUCAGCCCAACCAGGAAGGGCUCCAUAAAAUCAAUGAUAUUAAUUGGAUUUAACGGCACACGGAUGGCGUUAGUUGUAUCGGCAGCGUGAAGAAUGCGUCCUACCUGCAUCCCGUGGCAGAAUGCGAGUAAAUCGCGGGAUGCUGAUCAAUGAUUCAGCUCCGCUACGUAAGGAGGCGCUCGGCGCCGGGUUCGGACCCAUGAGGUGCUGCGGGUUCUGAAGGCGGCUUGCGGCUCCUCCGUCUCUCUGGCUCUGGAAGAACAUGCGCAGACCUUCUAACGGGGCUUUUUGGGCCAGGUUCAGGGAAGGGGAUGAUGAGCGCGCGGGACACGAUGACAGCUGAGCGCGCGGAGAUGAACGGGACACAGGGAGGGAGGCCGUCCGCGGACGUGAAGGAGCGCUGACGCCCGCAGCCGGGUUUUUACCGUAAGAGAAGAGAUGCCUGCGGGACUCGGACAGCAAUCCGGCGGAAUGAGCCGCUCCGACACCGUGGGGUCAUUCACAAGAAGAAAGAGGAAUGCUAUUAUGGUAACAGGAUCUCUACUCAUAGUGUCUGUGCUCAUCCUCACCAUUGGCCUGGCAGCCACCACCAGGACCCAGAAUGUGACCGUGGGAGGUUACUACCCCGGAGUCAUUCUUGGUUUUGGCUCUUUUCUCGGAAUCAUCGGAGUCCAUUUGAUAGAAAACAAACGGCAAAUGCUGGUGGCCUCCAUUGUCUUCAUCAGCUUUGGCGUAGUGGCAGCCUUCUGUUGCGCCAUCGUGGACGGAGUGUUCGCAGCGAGACACAUCGAUCUCAGGCCUCUCUACGCAAGAAAAUGCAAGUAUUACUCCAGCACAACAUCACUUGAUCAAGACGUCCAGUGUCAGGCUGCCCCACGCGUGUACUGUACCCUGCGUGUGAAGAGCAACACCUGCUACUGCUGCGACCUGUACAACUGUGGCAAAGAUCAUCCUCUUUCGGGACCUCAAAAUAAAGACGUUUUGAAAAAAUUUAAGAAAUCUCCUAUGAUUUGGAACCGCGUGGAGCUGAUGGGAGGUUACCAUGAGUACACCAAUGUGCAGAGCUGUCAGGAUGUGGUACAUCUCUACCACCUUCUGUGGUCUGCAACCAUCCUCAACAUUGUGGCCCUUUUCCUGGGCAUCAUCACUGCUGCAGUGCUGGGUGGCUUCAAAGAUGUGAUUCCCACCCCAGCCCCCGACAGUUGUGAGACAGAACCCCUGCCGGACCCUGCCCCCUGUGACAUCCGGCCCGACCCCUCGUACAGCUCCUACUACAACAACGCCCCCGCUCUGCCACCCUACACUGCCUAUGAUCUGCAGGCUUCCAGCAUGUUCCCGGAUUCCUCAGGCCUGUCUGACGACUCGCAGUCUGGAGCCAGUGCUAUGUGGCCCACUCAGGUUCCGCCACGCUAUUCUCCUCCAUAUUAUCAUCCAGAUGAUAAGCCUCCACCAUAUAGCCCCUGA